AGAAGGUUUUCUCGGUUCCAGCGCCCGGAUCGAACGGCGGGCCCACCGGUUGCCAUGGCUUCAACUGAGCCAUUGAUUGCGACAGAUGCAGAGGAAUCAGGCUGCAGGGCGACCAUCCGCAAGUAUUGCAAGAAGUUCUUUGAAGGGCUCUUGAUCAUUUUCCUGGUGGUCUUCAUCCUGGCCUGGAUCGUGCAAGCAUUCUGCUACUUCUGGGCCACCACUUGGACGGGCUGCACCCCGAACAACCUCAAGGGCUAUGCAUAUCCCGGAGGAGGGGGCAACGCUUCCUUCAAUGUGCUGCCCAAGCAUUCCCUGCUGGCAGAGCGGCCGCCGGUUUGGUACGGGGACUCCUUCGAGGUGAUCCCCUCCAAUGAGGCCUCAUCAGUGGGGGGUGCGCCGGUGGGCGUGUGGUGGCAGACCUGGGGCCCCAUCUUCCCAACGUACACGUACGAGGACAAUGCCAACUCGCAGACGACGCUCUACAUGAGGAGGAAGCUGUUGAGAAUUGGCCAGUGCCAUGUCAUCGCACGCUGCGAUGGAACUGGCCCUGUGAUCACCUUCACUGAGGGCUUGAACUGGUUCUCGAACCGGCUCAGAAAGUUCUUCCAAAUGAACCAAGCGAUGAGUUACAAGAUUUACGUGGACGACAAGCUGGUGGCCAUUGCUGAGGAGACGCAGCUGGGCUUCCAGUCCAUGACCUUUCGCUCGGUGGACGAAGGCCGCAGUGCCGUCGCCUCCUCCGUACUCCAGAGCCGUCACUUCCAUGGGCAGUAUGAUGAGUGGUUGGUGGACAACAAGGACAAAGAAGAGAACGUGCUGCCCUACUACGUGAGCUCUGCUACCACGCUGCUCUUCGCCUUCUAUACGCUCCACCAAGACCGGCGCAAGGUGAAAGCUGAGGAGAGUAGUGACAAGCACCACUCGGACUCGCCCAAGUUCCUGGCAGCCGAGGUUCGCAACGUGAGCGCCGUCAGCAACCUUAGUACAGCCUUGCCUGUCAACAAGCUGCCGGAGGAAGUGAUCAUCCCGGUGCUGACAAAGAAUGACACGGAUCGAUUUAUCUAAUGGAUUAGCCUCGCGUAGGCCUUGGUAUCUCAAUGCAGAGCUGGUCUUGAGAAGCCCUUCCCAUGUGCAUCCUGGCAUUUUGGCCCGCAUGAAUCAGCAUAUGC